AUGGCACGAACUCCAGUAAGAUUAAAUGUUUACGAUAUGUACUGGUUGAACGAUUAUGCUUCUACUCUUGGAUUUGGAGUGUAUCAUACAGGCAUUGAAGUAUAUGGUAUUGAAUAUGCUUAUGGUGGGCAUCCUUUCUCAUUUUCUGGAAUUUUCGAAAAUUCACCAAAAGAUGCAGAAGAGUUAGGCGAGAAUUUUAAAUUUAAAGAAAGUAUCCUUAUUGGAGAGACCGACUUCAGUGCUACUGAUAUAAGACAUCUUAUCCAGAUGUUGGGAAGUGAAUACAGAGGCGACAAAUAUCAUUUAAUUUCAAAAAAUUGCAAUCAUUUCACAGCUGCUUUGGCUAAGACGCUAACCGGAAAAGAAAUACCCUCAUGGGUAAAUCGACUUGCUACUGUAUCAAGUUCGAUACCAUUUUUGGAGCGUUGUUUACCCAAAGAAUGGUUAACACCGGUGGCAUUACAGCAAAGUUUGGAAGAAAGACGAAGAAGUGGGAAUUAUACUUCAGCAUGUAUUGAACGUGAUCAGGAAACUACUGAACAAUCAAGCAGCAUGGGAAGACGUGCUAGCUUGCCGCUUAGUGGCAGCAUCGAAGCAAAAUUAUCAGCUGGUGGUUUAACGACGAAUUAUUCAUCUUCAACAAAUCUUCUGAAUGCUACAGAUACGGUACGAUCGUUUAGUCCGGUGCCACAGUUAUCAAAAAUUUGGAAUUCAAUCAAAAAUUUUACUACUGAUAGCACUCAGUCAACAACAACAACAACAGCUGUUUCUUCAUCAUCCAGUUCUCAAUCUGUUCAUGAGAAAUUUGGGAAGUAA